AUGCAGCUGGAGGCUGCCGAAAGAGAAAAUGAAAGACAAAGGAGGUUUGAGCUAGAGAAGUUAGACAAUCUACAGCAAAGGGGUCUAGCGUUUGACUCUGCUCCUAAUCCAGUUCAUCUUCAGUUCAGGUGGCACCCGGUCAUCCAUGCUGAGAUGAGGCUGCUCUUGCCUGUUCUGGUGCUUUGGCUCAGUACGCUGAUGGAUUCUGGCAAGUAUCAGGUGUUGGUUAAGGCACAAUGGCAGAAGGAUGCUGAAGCUUCAGUCAGUGUUCAUCGGGUUAACCACACCAUGCUGCUGAAACGGCAGGCGAUCAUCUUCAAUCACAUCUACAACAUCAACAUGCCACAGGAGCCGCUCUGUUCAGUCAGGGCGGACUGCGCCCUGGGACUGACUAAACCUUCCCAGCAUGGCUAUGCUGAUGAGUACUUCCAACAAAACCAGACCUUGCAGAAUCAGGUGGGCUUCACCCACAACAUCUUCGUCCCCCAGCAGGCCUGUGAUUGUCUGACCAACUCGCUGCUCAAGAACCUUAUCGACCGUAUUGAGCUGCUGGAGAGAGAGGUCUCCCUGCUUAGGCAGCAGUGCAUCACUGGGUACACGGCAGAGAGUUCGGUAGCAGGUGAAGUUGAUUACGCUCCCCUGUGCAGUGGCCAUGGGAACUUCAGCACGCAGACUUGUGAUUGCAUCUGUGACGUUGGCUGGACUGGCAAGGGAUGCUCGGUGCCACUUUGCCUGACGAACUGCUCUGGGCACGGGGUGUGUGUCAAUGGGGACUGCGUCUGUGACCAGGGCUACACAGGGCAGGACUGCAAUGACACAGAAUGCCUGAGGGACUGCAGCGGGCACGGCCUAUGUGUACAGGAAGAAUGUGUCUGUGAGGACCCCUACAAAGGUGAAGAUUGUGCCCAGCUGAAGUGCCUGAAUGCGUGCUCUGGCCACGGGCACUGUGAGAAUGACACAUGUCUGUGCUUCGUGGACUAUACUGGAGAGGACUGCAACCAGCUGAGGUGCCUGAACAACUGCAGCAACAACAGUCAGUGUAGUCAUGGCAACUGCUCCUGUCAGGAUCGCUUCCCUGGAGCAGACUGUAUGGCAGAUCUGCCUACUCCUCAAGGACUUCGCUUCAAGUCUAUUACGGAGACAGCAGUGGAGUUACAGUGGGACCCUUUUCAGUUCACAUCUGAUGCUUGGGAAAUCAGUUUCAUUGCAAAGAGUAAUGAAGGAGGUAUGAUAGUUCAGCUUCCCAUGACAGUCACCUCCUUCAACCAGACUGGUUUGAGACCGGGUGAAGACUACACAGUCAACCUGGUCGCACUCAAGGAGCAGGCGAGGAGUGCACCAGCAACAGCAACAAUUUCCACCCCAAUUGAUGGACCAACUCACAUCACCAUUCGGGAGGUGGCCGACACCUUUGCUUUCGUGGAAUGGACACCUCCAAAAGCCUACAUUGACUAUAUCCUCCUGGCAUAUGCACAGACUGAUAGAACAUUUAACAAGUCAGUGCUGAGAUUACAGCCCACACUGACUCAGUAUUCCUUGCAGGACCUGAGACCUGCUUCACAUUACCAGGUGUCGGUCGCUGGCAUCCAGGGACACAGACAAAGCCAGCCUGUGACUGCUGUCUUUACCACAGAGAUUGAUGCUCCUAAAAACCUACGUGUUGUAGCUCAAGGUUUCAGUAAGCUGCAAUUGGAAUGGGACAACAGUCAAGCAGACAUUGACAAAUAUAGGGUGGUCUACAGCACACUGGCAGGAGGCCAGUACCAUGAACUGUCUGUGGUCAAAAGUAAAGGGCCAACAAGCAAGAUUGCACUGACUGAUCUAUCGCCCAAUACUGAAUAUGGUAUCGGAAUAUCGGCUGUUAAGGAGAUGAAACAAAGUGUUACAACCACCAUGAAUACAAGGACAGCCUUGGAUCCACCACGGGGCAUUGCUUUCAGCAAUAUCUCUCAUGAUUCGGUAACCAUCUCCUGGAACAAGCCCAAUGCUUCCUUUGAUUACUAUCAGAUGUUCUACCAUCCAGCCUCCGACCACUCAGGAGAGAGUGUGAACAUUUCAUCAUUGCUGACGGAGUACACCUUGAGCAAUUUGCAGCCUGCAACUGAAUAUGUGGUGAAAUUUAAUACAGUUCAAGGGCUGGCCAAGAGUCUGCUCCUGUCAUAUACUGUGCAUACAGCAAUAGACAGCCUGCAAGAAGUACAGGUUGUUAACGUGACUCCGACAGAGGCUCGGCUGAUGUGGGCUCCACCUCAGGCUGUGGUGCAGAACUAUUUGGUGAUCGUGUCACAUAGCCAAGCUGCGGUAAAGAGGAUUCUUGUUGAUGGGGCUUUGACACAGUAUCAGCUGACCCAUCUCCAACCAUUCACCAACUACUCCAUUGCCAUCUAUGCCACAAGAGGGUCCAUGACCAGUUCUGCUGUCUCCCUUCACUUCCUUACACUUCUAGAUUCCCCAAAGAACCUGACGGCCAGUGACGUGAGCCAGAAGAGUGCACGAAUUUCCUGGCAGGCCCCCGAGGCUCAGAUUGAGAAGUAUGUCCUGGUAUAUGAGGACAGCAGUGGGCAACAGAAGGAACUGAUCUUGGAAGCAGAGGAUACUUGGAUACAACUGGAGGGCUUGCUGGAAGCCACUGAGUACACACUGAGACUUCAGUCUGCGCAUGAUACUCUACUCAGUUUACCAGAUGAGAUUGUGUUCACCACAGCAAGCCGUCUCUAUCCUUACCCCUGGGACUGUACUCAGCACCUACUCAAUGGAGACACAAUCAGUGGCAUUUAUAAUAUCUAUAUCAAUGGAAAGCCACAGCAAAUCCUUCAGGUCUUCUGCGACAUGGUGACUGAUAAUGGGGGAUGGACAGUGUUCCAGAGACGACAGAAUGGGCUAACGGACUUCUCACGCAAGUGGGCAGAUUACCGUGUGGGCUUUGGAAACCUGGAAGAUGAAUUCUGGCUAGGACUGGACAACAUCCAUAAGAUCUCUGCCCAAGCCAGAUAUGAUCUACGGAUCGAUUUGCGCGAUGGCCGUGAGUCGGUGUAUGCUGUCUACGAUCGCUUUUACGUCAGUGAUGCCCGGAGUCUCUACAGACUAAGGAUUGGAGAUUACAGCGGCACUGCUGGUGAUUCCCUCUCCUAUCACCAAGGCCGCCCAUUCUCCACAAAGGAUCAUGACAAUGAUGUCGCUAUCACAAACUGUGCCUUGUCAUACAAAGGCGCCUGGUGGUACAAGAACUGUCACCGUGCCAAUCUGAAUGGGAAAUAUGGAGAGAACCGACACAGCCAGGGAAUAAACUGGUAUCACUGGAAGGGUCACGAAGUUUCCAUACCAUUUAUUGAGAUGAAGAUCCGACCUCAUAAUUUUAUAAGAAUCUAGUGAAUAAGUGGGCAGUUCCUGCUUUUUAAUAGCAUGAUUUAAUCCUCAAUGCUUCAUAGAUGUGGUAUUUAAUUAAAGAAUCAAUCAUUGUAGUUCAGGCUCCUUCAACAGAUGUUCAAUUCUCCCCUGUUAAUGACCUGGGCAACCCUGGUCUGAGAGCAAAGAUUGUUAAUGAUGAGCCCUUAUCUCUUGUUAUGCUGAACUAGUUGUGGUGGCAAAUCUUCCAUGACGUAUCAGUUCACUUAAAUAUUUCUGCAGAACGUCUAUCACCUAUACACUUGUGGUCCAUCCCAGACCAAGGAAUAAUGCUACAAGUGAACAACAUUCUCGCUAUUGAUAUUGCUUGACUUUUGAGACA